AACGUGAUGCUGAUGCUACAGUUACAGACACAGCCCCCGCUGGCGCAGCCUCUCUGAUUCUCUCUCCCUCUCCGCGUCCAGCGCUGGGCUUUUUCAGACAAGUGCAUCUGCUAACCAGGUCACAUUUCAGCCACGACCCACCCUCCGUCAGUCACUGGAGUCAGACGGCAGGAGGAGGGCUGAGGAGGACCGCAGCGCUUCGCCAGCGGCGCGGUGGAAGGAAGGACAUCAAAUCCUGCUCAAGUCCAGACCCCCCCAGAUCCAAGCCCAGACCACGAUGCGCGCUCCGGGCUCCGGGCGGCUGGCUCUGCCGCUGCUGCUCCUCGCCGCGGUCGCCUUGGCUGAAGGCGACGCCAAGGGGUUCAAGGAGGGCGAGACCCCCGGCAAUUUCAUGGAGGACGAGCAAUGGCUGUCGUCCAUCUCGCAGUACAGCGGCAAGAUUAAGCACUGGAACCGCUUCCGAGACGAGGUAGAAGAUGAUUACAUCAAGAGCUGGGAGGACAACCAGCAAGGAGAUGAAGCUCUGGACACCACCAAGGACCCCUGCCAGAAAGUGAAGUGCAGUCGCCACAAGGUGUGUGUCGCUCAAGGCUACCAGCGUGCCAUGUGUAUCAGCCGCAAGAAGCUGGAGCACAGGAUCAAGCAGCCUUCUCUGAAAUUCCACGGAGGCAAAGACUCCAUUUGCAAGCCCUGUCACAUGGCCCAGCUAGCUUCAGUCUGUGGCUCCGAUGGCCACACCUACAGUUCAGUGUGUAAGUUGGAACAGCAGGCGUGCCUGAGCAACAAGCAGCUGGCGGUGAGAUGUGAGGGCCCCUGUCCCUGUCCCACGGAGCAGUCUACCACGUCUACCACCGACGGCAAGUCAGAGACCUGCACAGGGCAGGACCUAGCCGACCUGGGGGAUAGGCUCCGUGACUGGUUCCAGCUCCUUCGUGAGAACUCCAAGCAAAACGGUUCAGCCGGCAGUGCAGCUAGCCCUGCAGGGUUGGACAAGAGCCUGGGGGCCAGUUGCAAGGACUCCAUCGGUUGGAUGUUCUCUAAGCUGGACACCAGUGGAGACCUCUUCCUGGACCAGACAGAACUGGCUGCCAUCAACCUGGACAAAUACGAGGUCUGCAUCCGCCCCUUCUUCAACUCCUGUGAUACCUACAAAGAUGGCCGCGUUUCUACUGCUGAGUGGUGCUUCUGUUUCUGGAGGGAGAAACCCCCCUGUCUGGCAGAGCUGGAGCGCACACAGAUCCAGGAGGCAGCCAAGAAGAAACCAGGUGCCUUCAUCCCGAGCUGUGAUGAGGAUGGUUACUACCGGAAGAUGCAGUGUGACCAGAGCAGCGGUGACUGCUGGUGCGUGGACCAGUUGGGUCUGGAGCUGACCGGCACACGCAUGCGUGGGAACCCUGACUGUGAUGACAUCGUGGGUUUCUCCGGGGACUUUGGAAGCGGUGUCGGCUGGGAGGACGAGGAGGAGAAGGAGACAGAAGAGGCAGGCGAGGAGGCUGAGGAGGAGGAGGGUGAGGCGGGUGAGGCAGAUGACGGAGGCUACAUCUGGUAGAUGGCCCUCGACGGCCUCGGCAGGCCAGGGUGCCGAUGGCCAGAAAGACGGGCCAGAAGAGACCUGGACAACAGCAGGCAACUUAGCAAAUGGAUCCGGAAGUCAGUGCGAAGGACCCUGGCUUCAGUGGGGAGGACUGGAGUGGCUUGCGUGACUGGGGUGCGCGUGCGUGUGCCUGUGCGUUCGUGUGUGCAUGUGUGUGCCAUGUGAGUCACCCAAAGGUCCCUAUGUUAUUGAUUUUCAAAUGCACACUUUCACACACAUGGAUGCACUAACAGACCAAAAUCAAUGAGACAAGAUGCUCCUCAUCCUGUCCCUCAGCCCCCAGCACCUGAAAUUCCUGCCCUGCCCAAUCAAACCAACCCCCUCCUGCCUUUCUUCCUUCCUCUUCUGAGGCCAGAGAGAGGAAGGGCAGGAAGCCGAAAGCUGAGCAUCGUCCUCAAAUCGGGCUGAUUUGAUAUGAAAGCCCCACCAUGGUCUUGGGCUGAUGAAGGCAGGACCUGUACACACAACAAGGCUUACCCUUCUGCUGACAUCCCAAGGGCUAGUCGCAGGUAUGUCCAGCUGUGGCCCUGGGCUGCUCAGUUAAGGAUAGCUGUCUGUGUGGCCCAACACAAAACAGUGAACUUACUUAAAACAUAGGGGGGUUUUGUUACUGAUUUUGUUUUGUUUUUUGGAUAAUUGGAUUGAGGAGUUCCUGAGUGUGGACUUUGUAGAUUGAAGAUGCUCUGUUACAAUGUCAAAAGGUUGGACACAUCUGGUAGAUUAUCUCCAGAGAUAGCCCAGCAGGACAGGCAGAGACCGUGAGGCAAAGGAGGGUAGGUCCUUUGAUACCAGAUCUCAGAUUGACCCAGUCAGCACCUGUUGCCUCAUGGCUCUAGGCUGUUUCUUGGCAAAUGGGUUCUGUCAUCAUUCAGCUGAGCUUUGGCGCAGCCUGCUAUGAGGUGCAGCUGUGACCUCUCUUCCCUGGUGAGGGUCCCCCUUGUCCUGAGGAGCAGAGGACCAGAAAGCAGCACAUGUCUCCCCACCUCCUCCCUGACCCUUUAGGAAAUGGUCCCCUCUUGCCAGACCCUGAGAUUCUUGUGAGGAAGCACGGGAAGCUGUGACUUCCUGUGCCCAGAGAUUGUCCUGGAGGAGAGGCCCCAAACCUUAGUCCUCUCAACCAUGGCUUUCCUCUGUCUCAAGGGUCCCCAAGAUGGCCCCAGCAGAAUCAUGCCCCAGACUCAAUUUAAAGCCCUAGGCAGCUAGGCCCUGAGGCCAUGCCUCAACAUGCCCUCAUAUCCAAGCCGGGUGGGAGGGGCUUUUACCCAGAUGCCCUAUGGGGUUUUGUGUGUUAACUGCUCCCCACUUUCCCCUCUCAAAGGAAAUUCCUUAAUAUAUUUGAUGAAUAAUUUCUUACCUGAUAUCCUUUGGUACGUGUGUGCAUGCGUGCUUACGUGUGUGUGUGUGUGUGUGUGUGUGUGUGUGUGUGUGAGAGAGAGAGAGAGAGAGAGAGAGAGAGAGAGAGAGAGAGAGAGAGAAGACACUUGAGGGCCACACUGAUGGCUAGGGAGAGUGAGGGCAGCCCCCUGUGUGGUGGAAGGCUGGGCAGCUACUGGGGUCCUUGUGCUGAGACUUGCAGGACAAAGCCCCAGUCUGGCUCUCCGCAGCCUCUGGGGUACUGGCUGGUUACAUCCACUGAGCACUGAGUAUCCGUUGGACUUUAGGGAAGAGCUUCCCCCUUCCCAUUCCUUUCUGCCACCCUGGAAUGGCCACCUUCCUUGUCAUCUCCUGGGGGAAAUAUGGAAAUACCACUAAGCUCCAUAAAGUGCUUCUCAUUUCACGACACAGUUCUGACUCUCCGGGUGACUGUCACCUGAUCCCAUCCUCUUCCUCCUCCCUCCCUGCCUUCCUCAGGCCUCUGCAAUCAUCCUCUGGUUCCUGGCUCAGUCACAUCAGCCCUCUGCAUUCUAGAAACACCCAUUCCUCCUCCUCCCCCUCCUCCAGCUGGAGUUACUUGAAACUUCCUGCUCUCGCUAGCAUGGAGUCUAAUUCUUCCUCUGCCCUAGCUGGAGUUCCAGAACAUCCCCAGGGUAGCUGUUAAAGAUUUUAGGCUCUCUCUGGGGUGUGGAGGGGGUGGUGUAGAGGAAGAAGCAUCCCCUUCUUUCAUCCUGCCCCGCUGGGGAGCUGUGCUCUGUGUGUCCCUGGAUCUUCUGGUUUUUGUAUCUGACUUUGUAAAUAUGUUUUAGGAAGAAAGCAGAAGGUGUUGAACAGGCCUCAGGGGUCCAGAAGUUUGUCCCUCUCUCAAGCGCCCCCCCCCAUACUGCCCUUCACCCCCACCGAGAGUCCCACAAAGGUAGGCAGAGCAGCUGUUCCUGUUGGGGUGGAACGUCCCCACGUAGCUUCUAGUUAAGCAAGCUUCAGGUUUCUGCAGGAGCGAGGUCACAGGUCAGAUUAUUGUCAGUCCUGAAGCCUCAUCCUUGAAUAAACUGCCUGUCCAGUUCAGUUCCUCCAUGCUCCUGCCGGCUCCCGUUCCCUUGCUGUGGACAGGAGAGUUAGGUCUGUGUUGGAAAGAGUACAAUCAAAUUACUGCAGCAGCAACACAUCUUGCCAGGCCCUGGAGCUGCCCUACUAAGAGCCUCCUUAGCCCCUGAGUGCUGAGAGGGAUGGUGUAUGUUGGAACAGUUUGAGGUUGGAGGGAGUAAAUGUGCCUUGAGAGACCACUUGGAGGUCCCAGGAAGAGCAGGGAUGGGGCUUAGCCUGAGAGCUCUGGCAGGGAGCAAAGUUGGUGAGAGUCAUGGGACAUCUUGACUCCCCCCACCCCCAGUGUUCCACAGGAGUCGUGACCACAUGUGAUGGGUGGGCACAGGUCUGCCCUUACUCCAACCCCCUCCCCUGGUUUCGGUUGGUACCCAUUUGGCCAUUCUUGAGCUUUUAUCUGCUUUCGGCUUCAUCACUAAGUGGAUAGGUGGGGUCUUUUGAUAUCGGCUCUCCAAAGCCGGAACCCACAGCCCUUGUGGAGAACCAGGAGCCAAUCUUUGACACCUAAGCCCUCCUGCCUGCAGCUGUCCCAGGGAAGGACCUGAGGGGUGCGAAAGGAGAUUCAAGACAUCCGUUCCAAGUCAGGCAGAGCAACCCGCUUCUCAGCCCGUGUCCCUCUUAAACUGUCCAAUGUGUAAUCACUGAGCUUAGAGUUAAACAUUGUGGUCAAGUGCUUGGGUUCCGUCUGUAGAUUUCAGUGCUGACGUUGUAUCUCUCAGUAAUUUUAGAUGUCUUUAAAAAAAAAAAAAACUGAACAAGUGUUAGACCCGUGUGUGCGUUGGUGGGCACUCAAGCAUCCCAUGGGUGACCCCAUUCUCUCCCCGUCCUCUGCGCCCCGCCUCCUCCUGCCCCGCCCCUUCCUCUGCACCACGCCCCUCCUGCCCUGACCAUCCCCACCUGCUUCCACCCGGGGCCCCUCACCUUGCUGUGGUCUUUAUCUGCCUAUUACUCAGCCUAAGGAAACAAGUUCACUCUACACACGCAUAAAGGAAAGCAAAUGUUAUUUUUAAGAAAAUGGAAAAUAAAAACUUUAUAAACACCACUUG